AAAAUCUGUGAUUUCUUAUCGGUAUUAGACGAUAAUCUUAGUAAAAUAAAUGAUAAAAGACACUUGACAUCCCAUGGACUUAGUACUUAUAAAAAGACUUAUACCUCCGAAAAAUACUAUUAACAAUAAAGACACUUAUCACCAUCAAUUAAAGUAUACUUUUAAUUGCUCUUUGAAUCGAGCAAAAUAGUCAUAACGGAGGCCGUAUGUCUCGUUCUUUCAUCUUGCCACUAUAAAAAAAUAUCGUUCACUAAAAAUUUAAACUUCAAUAUCCUUAGUGUAAACAUUUGCAUUUAAAUGGUAUCUGUUUCAAUCACAUUAAUUUCGUUGUUAUCAAGGUUUUAUUGUUCAUUUAUUUUCUACUGAAUUAAAAAAAAAUUAGAUGUCGCUACGAUACAUUCUUGAUUUCUCCAUGACAACCCUUUCGGUUUUAUUUCAUUUUUAAAGUAAAUUAGUUCUCAAAACUCAAACAACUCAUAGUCUAUUUGUACUUUAUUGUAUUUAUAUUGAUAUCUAAGUUUCGAACUUUUCAUCAUUUUAACUAUUGGAAUGUAUAAAAAACUUUUGAAAUAAGAAUACCAAUAAGGAAGUAUUAAAAAAAAGAAAUCACAAAAAAGCACCCCCACUAGAUGGCGACUCUAGCAAAAGUUGAUUUUUGCAGGAAACGAAUGGACCAAAGAUAUUCAUUUCCGUUCCUAUUAACUAACAUAUGAAAAAACUGAAACAAUACAAAUGGGAAAAAGUACAAAUAGAAUAUGAGUUAUUUAUUAAGUUUUGAAAACUAAUUUACUUUUAAACAUUAUAAAUUUCUUUUCAGUGUUCACCUUUAUCAAUCAUGAAAAUAAUUAAGAUUACGAUUAAACACUUUUAUCAUAAUCUCUAAUAAUUAAUUUGAUUACAUUUUGCCCAACUCUGUGUAUCAAAACGAUAUAUUGGACUAUCAAUUUAUCAAUAUUUAUAUGGGUUUUUGGAACAUCGUUGCAUCCCUAUAUAUGUCAAAAUUUUUAUGAUUCUGGUUUUUAUUGUUGAUCGGAGAUUCUAGUUUUAAAAUAAUUAGAUAUCUUUUCGAUAUAGCAUUAAUGUAAUGAUAAUGACAAGUUAUCAAUAACAUACGACACUUUAGAUGUGUAGUAAUAAUAAACACUAAAUCUCGUACAACAAAUUUGACAAAGAUCAGAGCAAUGGAUAAAGAAACUGAGAGCAAUGCCACUUUACAAGAAGAAUCGUCGGAAAAUACAGAAGAAAAUGAUAAGGAAGCACUAAAUGAAUAUAUAAAUAAUCUCGAAUUAAGAAUCAAACAAAAGUCAGAAAUGAGGCAUCAAAACUUGAACUGUGUUCGACCACCAGAUAACCAUUUCUCUAAACUAGAUUCUGGUCUAAAGAAAAAUACUACAUUUGUUAAAAAGCUAAAAUCCUUUAGUGCUACCCAAAUGGAUGCACUUCUUAAAGAUUUCAGCACUUUGAAUCUAACUAAAUAUAUAUCAGAAGUGGCAGCUGCCAUAGCAGACGCGAAAUUGAAAAUGUCUGAUAUUCCAGCUGCAAUAAAUUUAUGUUCCUCACUUCAUCGCACUUACGCCGAAUUUGCAUCGAACUUCUUUGAAAAUUGGCAAAAAAUAUUGACUUUUAAAGCUACUGACAAAAUUGCUAAUUCAUCAAAGUUGCGAGUUGAUAUUAGGUUCUAUGCAGAGUUGGUUGCAGUUGGCAUAUUCCCUAAUAAAAUGGGUUUGCCGUUAUUGGGAAAUGUACUUACUGUGCUUAUUAAUAUGGAUAAAGAAGAACAUAAUAACAUAUCAAUUUUACUGUCUUUUUGUAAACACUGUGGAGAAGAUUAUGCAGGUUUAAUGCCCAAAAAAAUUAGAGAUUCAGCAGAAAAAUACAAUGUAACUGUACCAAGAAACACAUUCUUGCCAGCAGAAAAACAAACUGCAGUGAGAACUUUAUUAAAGGAAUAUUUUUUGUCUUUGACAAAACAUUUGCUAGCAGAGAGAACACAGCUGCAAACUUUGCAUGCUGCAAAUCAAAGAACACUGCACACUCGUGGAGAGCUGUCACAAGAGAGAAAGGAUCAAUUAGAACAACAUCAGGCCAUGUAUGAUAAGUUACUAUUGGGGGCACAAAACUUCGCUGAAGUUCUGGGAGAAGAACUUGGUGAAGCUGGAGAACCUCCUACAUUAACCAUGACAGUAAUUGAGACACAAGGCACAGUGACCAUAGGUGGUAGUGAGGAGUUCAACAUGCAAGCUGGCACUGAUCCAUGGCAGGAUGAAGAUACACGCACUUUUUAUACCAGUUUACCAGAUUUGAAAGUAUUUAUGCCUAAUUAUCAAUUAAAAGAGACAGUAAAAAGUAAGGCGGAGACAGUAACAGAAGAAAUGCUUGAUGAAGACCUGAAGGAGGAUGAGUUAAGUGACAAUGAGGAGCCCCCUACAGUCCCAGAUGUGGAACAGGAAGAUACACAACCAUCAAACAUCUCCAACAAGUAUGCUCUUGACGCUUUUCUGAAUGAACUACCAAAUUGCAUAAAUCGAGAACUGAUUGAUAAUGCUGCUGUGGAUUUUGUUUUGAAUCUCAAUACUAAGAAUAAUCGAAAAAAGCUCACUAGAGUUCUUUUUAGUGUGGCCAGGACAAGGUUAGAUCUAUUACCUUUCUAUUCAAGAUUUGCAGCAAUACUGUACCCAGUUCUACCUGAUGUUUGUAUGGAUCUAUGUCAGAUGUUGAAACAGGACUUCAAGUAUCAUGUCAGGAAAAAGGAUCAAAUAAAUAUUGAAUCAAAGAUAAAAGUGGUAAGGUUUAUUGGAGAACUAGUAAAAUUUGGGUUGUACUCAAAAAUGGAAGCUUUAUAUUGUUUAAAGGUCCUCUUACACGACUUUAAACAUCAUCAUAUUGAAAUGGCUUGUAAUUUGUUGGAGACAUGUGGCCGAUAUUUGUAUUGUAACCCGGAUACGCACCAAAGGACAAUGAUAUAUUUACAGCAAAUGAUGAGGAAAAAGACAGUCUCUGCCCUUGAUUCCCGUUACGUAACACAAAUUGAGAAUGCAUUUUACUAUGUGUGUCCUCCGGAGGCUCCCGCUCAGCCGAAAGAAGAAGAACUUCCAAUGCAUCAGUUCAUUAGGAAAAUUCUGCAUGAAGAUCUGCAGAAAAGCAAUGAAGAGAAAAUUCUUAGAUUGAUGAGGAAAUUAAAUUGGGAAGAUCCAGAAUUAGCAGCUGUUGCGAUUCAACAUUUAGCUGGAGGGUGGAGAGUUAGGGCUAGUGCUCGGAGAGCAUUGGCACGGCUCACUGCGGAAUUAGCCGCAUGGCAAGAAGUAGUUGCAUCAGCCGUUGUCGACACUAUUCUUGAAGAAAUAAGGGUGACAAUGGAAGAUCCACACCCCAAAUACAAUCAAAGAAGAAUAGCAACCGUGAGAUAUCUUGGGGAGUUAUAUAAUUAUAAGCUUUUGGAUUCUCGUGAUGUAUUUAAUGUUUUAUACUCUUUUAUUACAUUUGGAGUAACAAACGAUCAAAAUAAUAUAUCGCCACUUGAUCCCCCAGAUAACGUGUUCAGAAUAAGACUUGUCUGUGCAUUGCUGGAAACUUGUGGAGCUUAUUUUAAUAGUGGAUCUAGUAAAAAGAGAUUAGACUACUUCCUUAUAUUUUUCCAAAACUAUUUUUGGUUUAAAUAUUCAGAUCCAUAUUGGACAGACGAAAAUAAGUUUCCAAUAUAUGUGAAAUAUAUUUAUCAAGAGUGCCUCACGACUCUUAGACCAAAGAUAACUUUGUUUACAAAUUGGCAGCAAUGUAAAGAUGCUAUAGAAGAACUUAGACAGACUUUAUACCCCGAGUUAGGUGAAGAAGAACAGUAUGAAAAUGAGGAUCAAGGUGAUGAUAGUGUGAAUGAAGGUUUGGACACUAUUAUAGAAACAGAUGAUGAAACUGACAAUCCACAGUUGCCCGAUGAAAGUUCCGAUGAGGAGCCCAAUACAGAAAACACAGGAAAUUAUGACAACGAAAUACCAGCUGAUUCGGAUGAACUUGCCAUUGAAGCUAGAAGGCCUGGUCCAAAGCCUGUGGAAGAUAUGGAAUUCGAAUCUGCCUUUGAGAAAAUGGUAAUGGAGAAUAUUGCCGAGCGGCAGCGUGAAAACAGACCGCAGCAGCGCGACAUCGCCGUGCCAAUGACGUGUCGGCAAACCACCAAGAAAACGUAUGAACAACUGCUGCAAGGAAAAGAGGGCGUGGAGUUUGUACUGAUGGUGAGGAAAGGCACGAAACCCCAAUAUAAAUCUUUUAACGCACCGCCGGAGCUCGCUAGCAAUUUGCAACAACAGGCGUUAGCUGAUAAACAAGAGAUGGAAAGAGUUAAACGUUUAACGCUCAACAUAUCAGAAAGACAAGAAGAGGAGGAGUACAGUGCUGAAAGUGGUGGGGGAUCUGGUGGUAGUGGCAAUCCGAACCGUGGACAACACGUGCGACAGAAGUACCAGCAUCCGAAAGGAGCACCUGACGCAGAUCUCAUAUUCGGUCCGAAAAAGUUUAAAUAAAUAUUGAUGUAAAAUUGAGGUAUAUUAAUAUAAAAAAUAAACAUAUUAAAUCUGUGUCUUAUUUU